CCCUACGGGAAAGGACUUACGUGUGGACCAGUACUGCGCGGGGGCGGAGACCCCGCCCACAAGCCGACGAUCCAAUCGGCCCCGAGCGGCGAGUGGGCCGCCGCGCCUGCGCGACCCAGCGGAGCCGGGCGGCAUGGCGGGCGGGGCCCGGGAGGUGCUCACGCUGCAGUUGGGCCACUUUGCGGGCUUCGUGGGAGCGCACUGGUGGAACCAGCAGGAUGCUGCGCUGUGCGCCCCGACCGGUGCCGAGGAACCGCCCGGAGAGCUGUGUCCCGACGUCCUAUACCGGACCGGCCGGACGCCCCACGGCCAGGAGACGUACACGCCGAGACUCAUCCUCAUGGAUCUCAAGGGUAGCCUGAGCUCCCUAAAACAAGAAGGUGGACUCUACAGGGACAGACAGCUGGAUGCGGCAAUAGCAUGGCAGGGAAAGCUUACCACACACAGGGAGGAACUCUAUCCCCAAAUCCCUGGCCUCCAGGACCUUCUGAGUGCAGAGGGAGUGUUGAGUAGUGAUGGGAUCUGGAGGGUCAAGUCCAUUCCCAAUGGCAAAGGUCCCCCACCGCUGACCACUGCUGCAGCCCCCAAACCAUUCACCCCCACAGAGGAGAGCAUCAGAAUCUGGUCGGAUUUCCUCCGGGUCCAUCUACACCCCCGGAGCAUCUGUAUGAUUCAGAAGUACAACCACGAUGGGGAAGCAGGUCGCCUAGAGGCUUUCGGCCAAGGCGAGAGCAUCCUGAAGGAGCCCCGGUGCCUGGAAGACGUGGAGGACAGGCUGCACUUCUACGUGGAGGAGUGUGAUCACCUGCAGGGCUUCCAGAUCCUGUGCGACCUGCACAACGGCUUCUCUGGGCUGGGUGCCAAGGCCGCCGAGUUGCUACGAGACGAGUACUCAGGGCGGGGAAUAAUAACCUGGGGCCUGCUCCCUGGGCCCUACAGUCGUGGGGACCCCCUGAAAAACAUCUAUCGUCUGCUGAACACAGCGUUGGGCCUGGUGCACAUGUCCGCCCACAGCUCUCUGGUCUGCCCCUUAUCCUUGGGCGGGGGCCUGGGGCUGCGACCGGAGCCACCCGUCACCUUCCCCCACCUGCACUAUGACCCCGCCCUGCCUUUCCACUGUGGUGCCAUCCUGGCCACAGCCCUGGACACCGUCACUGCUCCGUACCGCCUCCGUUCCUCGCCAGUCUUCAUGGCUCACCUGGCAGACAUGCUGAACUUCUCUGGGAAGAAGGUGGCGACCGCAGCGGCCACCAUCCCCUUCCCCUUGGCCCCAGGCCAGUCCCUUCCCGACGCUCUGGUGCAGCUGGGAGGGGCUGCCGCGUGGACCCCCCUGUCUGCGUGUGGGAGCCCUUCUGGAACGUGCUGCUUCGCCCAGUCCGUGGUGCUGAGGGGUCUGGACAGAGCGUGCCACACCAGCCAGCUGGCCCCGGGGACCCCUCUGCCCUCGCCUCUGCACGCGUGCGCCACUGGGGAAGACGUCCUGGCCCAGUAUUUACAACAGCAGCAGCCCACAGUCAGGAGCUCUGCCCACUUGCUGCUGGCUCCCUGCAUGGUGGCUCCCCCGUACCCCCAGCUCUUCUCCCCAGGCCUCAGCCAGCACGGUUUGAUUGUGGAUGGUCCCCCAUCUGGGGCAGCCGUGGAGAGCAUCCCAGUGCUUGGGGCCCUCUGCUCCUCCUCGUCCUUGAACCGGACCCUGGGAGACCUGGCUAGAGAGCUCACCAAGCUCGAUGUGCGGCGCUGGGCCAGCUUCCUGGCCGCCGGCGUGGAGCAGGGGGACCUGGACGAGGCCCUGCAGGAGCUGCGCAGCCUGGCCCAGUGCUACCGGAGUGGGGGUGGCCUCGUGGACUAAGGCUUCCCGAGAACAGGAAAGAGCUGGUUUACAAUAAAAACUGCUGGAUAUGGGAGCUCAA